AUGACGGCAAAGUUCGGCUAUGUUACCACAGCUUGCCGUCUCUGCGAAGAUAUUGUGCCUCCUGAUGGUGGUGAUCUGCGGUGCGGUGCCAUCGAUGGUCCGGUCGGUACGUCUCUACAGCCAGUGCUCGCAUAUGUACGUCAACGUGUUCCGCAACGGCACCGUCAUGGCCCGCUCCGAUGGAAACGACCAUCCGAAUCUCACCAUCAGCACGCGCGGCGUCAAUCUAGAACUGCUCAUUCACUCACCCGUACAGGACAUGUACCUCUGCUUCAACCGCUCUCGACUUGUAGGCAGACGUUUGUCCCGAUUCCAAGCGGAGAGACAGCCCAGCUGCCUAUUCAAGGAGGAGUUUGUGGACGGCUACAGCACAUUUCACCUGGUGAGAAACGACGACCGAUACAUAGGGUUCAAUCGGCGGGGUGUUCAGUUGCGACGCCUGAAGAGUCGCCUCUCCGAGCGCGCACACAAGUGCUUCGCCUUCAUGAAGGAGAAUCAAGACUUCGAUAUAAACAGGCACAACAACAUGGUAGCGGCGGAUUUGCCAAGACGUCCGCAGCGUAG